GACGUGCGGGGUAGUUGACCAACGGGGCUGCCGCUGCCGCGGCUGCACCGCCACCAACUGGCAACCCACCCGCUCCCACUCCACUCAACAGCCACACCCGCGGCGGCCGCUGCGCCCUCCCAGCCGGUCGCGCGCCUAUUAAACGGGGGCCAGGCCCAGAGCGCCACUUUGGGCAGAGAGAGAGAGAGAAUCACAGCCAAGGAAGAAGAACCGAGGGGAGGGUCGGAGGGGAAAGGUUCGGUCUCGGAAGGGAGAGAGAUCAUGGCUCCGAUGAAGCUGUACGGCCCGAAGCUGUCGUGGAACGUGACGAGGAGCGCGCUGGUGCUGGAGGAGGCCGGCGCAGAGUACGAGAUCGUGCCCAUCAACUUCGCCACCGGCGAGCACAAGAGCCCCGAGCACCUCGCCCGCAACCCAUUUGGUCAGGUUCCAGCUUUGCAAGAUGGUGACUUGUACGUCUGGGAAUCGCGUGCAAUUUGCAAGUAUGCAGCCCGUAAACACAAGCCGGAGCUGUUGAAGGAAGGCAAUCUUGAGGAGUCAGCAAUGGUGGAUGUCUGGAUGGAGGUGGAGGCCAACCAGUACACCUCUGUGCUGGAGCCCAUCCUCUUACAGUGCCUCGUCAGACCUAUGUUUGGGGGAUCCACUGACCAGAAGGUUGUUGAGGAGAAUCUUGAGAAGCUGAAGAAGGUGCUGGAGGUGUACGAGGCGCGCCUGACCAAGUACAAGUACCUGGCUGGAGACUUCCUCAGCCUUGCUGACCUUAACCAUGUCUCUGCCACCCUGUGCUUGUUUGCAACGCCCCAUGCCUCGGUGCUUGAUGGGUACCCCCAUGUGAAGGCCUGGUGGUCUAGCCUGAUGGAGAGGCCAUCUGUUCAGAAGGUUGCAGCUCUGAUGACGCCAUAUGCUUGAAGUGGUUGCUUCGGUGGUUUGCUUGUUCAGGUUCUGUGCUGUUAUGAUGUGCCAUCUAUGUGUAAAUUGUUCCUGCUUUGUGCUAGGAUGCUUGUGAUCCGCUGUUGGAUUGUACUGAAAUGAGCAUUCGUCUGCUCUUCUCAGGGGAACGUUAUGAUAAUAAACUCUGCCUGGAGCUAGAGGAUUUCUCA